AUGCUCUCGAGUGAGGAGGUGAGGGUGAAAACGCUCUCGAGUGAGGAAAAUGACCUGCUUCAAAGGUCGAACAAAAAAUUUAAGAGAUUGGAAUGUGGUUCUCCAAGCGAGAGUAAUAAUGUGACCAUGGUACCAAAUACUAUGGAAGAGGAAAUCAAUCUUAAUAAGACUAUUUCGUAUAGUCAAGCAACACGAGGUUUUGGAGGUUCGAGAAAUCCUUUGUUUGAAGGCGAUGUAUUGGACACAGAGAUCAUCUCGGAAGAUGAACAAGACUCUGAAGAUGAUAUGGGUGAUACUUCAUGCCCUAUUAUCAGGUUAACGAAAGAAGAAAAAAGGAGAAUCAGAGUCCCAUGGAAGAAUUCGUUGAUUAUCAAAUUAUUUGAUAAGAAACUUGGAUACGGAGUUCUGAUGAGGAGAUUGAAGGCAAAAUGGACCAUAAAGGGGGAGAUUGCUUUAACUGAUGUUGGUCAUGCUUAUUACGUGGUUCGGUUUAGUAACCUAGAAGACUAUGAUUUCGUUCUAACUCAGGGCCCUUGGAUGAUAGGGGAGAGCUAUCUCACGAUCAGAAAAUGGGUUCCAAACUUCAUAGCUGAUGAUGCCCCAAUUAAAACUCUCACUGUGUGGGUUAGGAUUCCUCAUCUCUCAGUUGAGUAUUUUGACAAGCAGAUUUUGCACAAGAUUGGCUCCAAAAUAGGUAAAGUGAUUAAAAUUGACCGAAAUACAACUUCGAUGGAUAGAGGGCAGUAUGUAAGAUUUUGUAUCGAAGUGGAUUUAUCCAAACCCUUAUUGUCAAAGUUUAAACUAAACAAGAGGACAUGGAUUAUUCGAUAUGAAGGUUUGAAAAUGAUAUGUUUUAAGUGUGGCCAUCUAGGGAACAAAGAGGACAGUUGUCCUCAGUUCCAGGUUAAAGACAACAUGGGGGAGGAAGGAGAAAAUGAUCUUCGAGAGCAAAAUGCUGAGAGCUUAGCUAAUCAGCAUGAUAUGUACGGCGCAUGGAUGAUGGUCCAAAAACCAGGUAGGAAAUUCAUUCCUAAGGGUAAAGCCAUGGGCAAUAACCUGGGGGUCCAAAAGCCUCAAGAGGGUCCGGUUCCUGGUCAGUCCACUACAACAUAA